CGCCCAGUCCUUUCUUAGCUGCGUGCUUUGCCUUGUGGAGCGGCUCGUCGCAGCAUCCAGUCCGGAUUAUUCUCACACCGGGGCUGUUCACACGCUGAAAAAUGGCCCUUCACGUCCCCAAAGCACCUGGCUUUGCCCAAAUGCUAAAAGAUGGUGCGAAGCAUUAUUCAGGUCUAGAGGAGGCAGUGUUUAGAAAUAUCCAGGCAUGCAAGGAGCUGGCACAGACUACAAGAACUGCAUACGGACCCAAUGGCAUGAACAAAAUGGUUAUCAACCAUUUAGAGAAACUCCUGGUAACCAACGAUGCAGCCACCAUUCUGAGAGAGCUCGAGGUCCAGCACCCAGCUGCUAAGAUGAUUGUUAUGGCGUCCCACAUGCAGGAGCAGGAAGUAGGGGAUGGGACCAACUUUGUUCUGGUGUUCGCUGGUGCUCUGCUAGAGCUGGCAGAGGAGCUGCUUCGAAUGGGGCUCUCUGUGUCGGAGGUCAUUGAGGGUUAUGAGAUGGCCUGUAAGAAGGCUUUAGAAAUUCUGCCAGACUGCGUUUGCUCCUCUGCUAAGAACCUGCACGACGUGACUGAGGCCAAAGCCAUGAUCCGCACAGCCGUGAUGAGCAAACAGUACGGAAAUGAAGACUUCCUCGCCGACCUUAUCGCACAAGCCUGUGUAUCGAUCUUCCCAGAGUCUGGCAAUUUCAAUGUCGAUAAUGUGAGAGUCUGCAAGAUUUUGGGGUGUGGUCUGCAAGCCUCAUCGAUGCUGCAUGGCAUGGUCUUUAAGAAGGAAACUGAAGGAGACCUCACAUCAGUUAAAGAUGCAAAGAUAGUUGUGUUUUCUUGUCCAUUCGACUGCAUGGUUACUGAGACCAAGGGCACGGUGCUGAUAAAGAGCGCUGAGGAGCUGAUGAACUUCAGCAAAGGCGAGGAGAACCUGAUGGAGGCCCAGGUGAAGGCUAUUGCUGAUGCUGGAGCUAACGUGGUUGUAACUGGGGGCAAAGUGGCAGACAUGGCAUUACACUACGCCAACAAGUAUCAACUCAUGGUAGUCCGGCUCAACUCCAAAUGGGAUCUUAGAAGGUUAUGCAAAACUGUCGGUGCUGUAGCAUUGCCUAGAAUGACUGUUCCUACUCCAGAGGAAAUGGGACGCUGUAACAGCGUUUACCUGACUGAAGUCGGAGACACCCAGGUCGUUGUGUUCAAACACGAGAAAGAAGAGGGAGCCAUUUCUACCUUGGUGAUUCGAGGCUCCACAGAAAACCUGAUGGAUGACAUUGAACGAGCCAUUGAUGAUGGAGUAAACACAUUUAAGGUCCUUGUCAGGGACAAGCGGCUGUGUCCUGGUGCCGGCGCUACUGAAAUUGAACUGGCUAAACAGAUAAUGUCCUAUGGAGAGUCUUGCCCAGGUCUGGAGCAGUACUCCAUUAAGAAAUUUGCUGAGGCUUUUGAGGCUGUGCCGCGUGCUUUGGCAGAAAACUCGGGCGUAAAGGGUAACGAGCUGAUCUCCAAACUGUACGCUGUUCACCACGAGGGCAACAAAAACAUGGGCUUUGAUAUCGAGGGUGAAGGGCCUGCAUUGAGGGACAUGCUUGAGGCAAGCAUUCUGGACCCAUACCUUGUCAAAUACUGGGGCAUCAAACUGGCCACAAAUGCUGCCAUCACUGUCCUUCGGGUUGAUCAGAUCAUAAUGGCGAAACCAGCUGGGGGCCCCAAAGCUCCCAAACAGCAAGGCCACUGGGACAAAGACGAAUGGGAUGAAGAGCCUGAUAAAUUUGACACCCAUCAUUGAUCAGAAACCCCAGAAAUGGGACAGAUCAUCAUGGCCAAACCAGCAGGAGGACCCAAAGCUCCACAGGAGAAAAAGGACUGGGACGAAGAUGAAUGAGCCGGCAUGUUCUGCUUCACCACUUAAACGUUUCGACUGUUUAUUUAAUAUCAACACUUGUUUUGUAUUAUUUUCUUUCUUUUAGAAUGAGCGUUUGAUUCAUUCAUGUGAACAGAAAAGGAUGGCACUGUAGUUUUUGUGGUCCCAAUAAAUGGCACUUGAGCUGUC